CAUUGUCAGUCAAUUCUUUGUGUAUUUACCCAAAAUUUGUUACUUUUAGCCGUCUACAUCCAUGGAGUCUCUUUGUUAUCAGGAGUUAACAGUUCCUCCAAGUAUUUACUUUACCGAAAGAAAUACAAUCAACAAAUUUACGGUACAAUCUGCAAAAUGUUUGAGUCCUCCUAGUCCAGACUCUCCACCUGUAGAGGUUUCUCACAACGGAUUGGUUCAACCUGAUGAAGGUGUACAGGUGGUUUUGCCCAUUUUUAACUUCACUGAUUUUGGUGACCAAUUUCUAGAAGAAAUGGGUCUAAUUGACAGAAGUCCUGGAAAGAAAUUUAGUACGGACGAAAUGGAAAAGGUGGUUACUACACUCGUUGUGCGGCAUCUUCUAAAUUCUUCACAUUUAAAACAAAGGCUAGAUAAUGAAUACGAAAAAUAUAAAUCCGAAUACGAUUGCCUUCUGUCACUUGUUUGGGAUAUAUCUAAUCGCUUAAGAGACCAUCGAUGCAUUGGAACCAGCGAACCCAUAAAGCCGGUGUUUGUUUUACUGGAAGAGAUUAAAUUGAGACUUAGAGAUUUAUUGCAGACGACAGGUCAGGUUGCAAUAUUGGUCCACGAGAGUAGAAUGAGAAGGUGUUGGAAUUUAGUUACAAACUAUUUGGCAACGCUCAGACAAGAAAAUGAAGAACUAAGGAAUAACGCGCUUAAUCAUGAAAAUAUCUCCACCCAGACUGGUUUUUUUCGUCAUAGAUUGACAAUGCUCAGAGAUAGUUCACAUAAGUUACAUCACUUCAAACUUGGUUUUAGGAACAAUUGCAAAAUGAAGAUACUCAUAGGAAUCUCUGUGUGCGUAAUAGCUAUUGUAUCUAGUUUAAAUGUAGUACUGCAUCUGAACUGUCGACUAACUAGUUCGGAAACUCAAUAUUGCCCGUUAGAUGGAAUUGUUAGAUCAGCCAUAGGAAUUCCACCAAUGUAACUCACAAUCUUCAU